AUGAACGCAGAACUGAAAGCAGCUUUUACUCUUAUCAAACCAGUAUGUGAUAUGAUAAUGGUUAGCCCAACAGUGGAUCUUAUUAAAGAGUAUACACUCCUUACCCAUGAACUUAAAAAAGAGUCUUUACAAGAGCUGCAGCAGUACAUGUUGUUUCCAAUCAUUACCCACCUACAGCCCAACAAGAUUGAGGGAAAAUAUGAAAUGCAAAGGCUACUAGUAAAUGCUAUGAAAGAAGUGCUUGACAGUGUCAGUGUUUCCUGCUAUGAAAUGUGUAUAAGAAUAGAAUUGACUUUGGCAAAAAUGGCUUUGGAUAAAAAAAGGCCUGGCAUGAUUGCUGAUAUCUCAGAAGAAUUGAAGCUUUCAGCAAUGCAGUGCAUGACAGCACUCAUGUUGAAUUUAGAAACUUCACUUAGAUUAAAAAUGAUCAAAAGCCAUGCGCCGUUAUUAGCACAAGCUGUUUUUGUAUCUGUGCAUAUGGCUAAGCUGGAGAAGUUAAGGGUGUUAAAACUUGCGGCCUUAGACAGUGUUUUGGCACAUACAUGCACACACCCAAAACUCACAGAUGCAAAUUGUAUGAUAUCAAACCCAGUAUUGGAAGAUGUUGUAGUACGUAUGCUGGGCUGCAUAUUACCAGGAUUGGUUUCGACGCUACAAGACGUUGCAAUGUGUUCUAAUAAUCCGGGUCAUGCAGUUGUUGUGAUGGCUCUAAACGCUACACACCGUAUUUUGUGCAUGACUAUGAAUGAUAAGCACCUAACGAACAAAGAAAUCACAAUUGCUGAUUUCAUCAAAGCCAUUGAACAGAAAGACAGUCCCAAAUAUGUAAGAAAGGGUAAAACAUCUGAUUUGCCAAAAUUGACGAAAGAGUGGUUUGACAUGGCUGGUGAGAAGCUGGAAAUUGUUGUUCGCAGUCUGGUUCGUCUUGGUGCGCAUGAGCACUUCAAGGUUAGGAAGGAACUUGCCGUACUGUGCUACAGGAUUCUCUCUGAAUGCAAUAACUCUAUGUUGCCAUCAAUCCCGAUGUGCUUGGACAUUUUGAUAACAUUAUCCGGUGAUCCUUAUUCACAAGUCUCUUCAUAUUGCACAUGGGCGCGCUCCGAAUAUUUAAGCAAAGCUUCACCGGAGAUGGUACUCAACGCGAUGGACGGUCUCACUAGAAACCUGUUUAUGGUACUGGGGUCGUUGCCCAGAGUGCUAAACAAUAUUGAUUCAUCCCGCAAGCUGUCUUCACUGAAUCUCCUCGAAGGAUACGUUCAAGAACUAUACGCUGGUGAACCACAACGACUCACGAUUAUCCUGUCAUCUUCGCAAGGAUACAGCAAGUUAUGUGAUUCAUUGGUGUCCGCUUCAGCCAUUGAAAGUGACUUGGCACUGCUUAAUACAGACGCUAUUAGAGACGUGACAGCGGCCCCACCAAGAACCUCGCCCUGGUGCAAGUUCCGUCACCUGGACAGUUCCGAUUGUGUAAAAAAAUUUGAAAAUAUCUGCCGUUUGCUGGGUGAAGCCGAAUGCGGUCAGCUGAUACUCGACACUUUGCUGGAAACAUUCGCGGAGAGACGGGAUAUUGAGCUUGUCUACCUAAUGAAUAGAAUCGCCUCAGCACCAAAAUCGACGCCGUCUCUUGCUAAGCGAGUAAUAGACACAUAUAUAGAGGAAGAUGUCUGGUAUUUGCCUCUGAAGGUGGGAAAUAAUGAACCUCCUCUGACAGACGAAGACACCUUGGAUGAGACAAUUUAUAAUCCUAGAGCGUGGAGCAAAGAUAGUGUGCCAGGUCUCUUUGAAGGCGCCAUGGAGGUUCGUUACACGGACAUAAGUUACCAAACGCCUCGCGUGCGUCAUUCUGAGCCGAACUCAUGCCGUACAUUGCGACAAGCUCAAAGAAAUAUAGUGCAGUGCUGUCUCCUCACUGAAGGUUUAGGUCUGAUGGCCAAACGUCUUCAAGGAGAGUUCCAACCGUACCUUCUGAAGACACUUUGCAUGGUGCUUGAGAGAGUUGGCAGUAGGUAUGAGAUGCUUCACUUGUCUGGGUUAAAGGCGAUUAAUGAUAUUAAGAUCGCAUGUGGACAUAACACCGUGGCCGGACUAAUCGCAAGCAAUGCUGAUUAUUUCACAAACGAGAUCACUAGAAGACUGAAAAAGGCUUGGAACGCACAAUCUGCACUUGAAAUCCUAACGGUUGUUAUGGAGUUUAGCGAUGACACAAUAUUGGAGUAUAUGUACGGGGUCGUGGAAGAUAUGCUAGUCCGAAGCUGUGAUAAGUAUUAUAAAAAGAGUCUGUACUUGUAUUUACAAGUAUUUCGUACUUUCCUCUCGUGCAUUUACAAAUGGUUUCCCGAGUUCACGCACAGACCCGUUAAGCCCCCAGAUACAGAGAUAGAUGUAUUGAGUGACGUCAUGGAAUAUAUAAAGAGUGAAAGGGAAGCAGAUAUGCUAAUGGGCACGAGUGAAGAGGACGCUAAGACUGUUGAAGAAAUGUACGCAGACGAUUUGAAGCGGAAGGAAGAUGAUGUUUUAGAUUAUGAUGAUACAGUUACAAACGAAACACCACCGCUACCGAAACACAUUGAAGUAACGAUAAUGAUUUUGAAACGUUGCAUCAACUUCAUUUCGACGGAGAAGAUGGACGAUGCUAUCAUGACUUUAGAAAUUUUGAAUCUCGGGUUUCCGUUACUCCGAGACUUCGAAAAUGAGUUACUGCCUCUGGUGCAUUUGUGUUGGGCGCCACUUGUAACACGAUUUGAGGAUUCCAAUACAACUAUCGUGAAGGGAGCUAUAGAUCUAGUAGUAACACUUGCUACGCUGUCCAAGGAAUUUAUUAUGCAUCGAACUGUAAAAGAGGUGCUCCCGCAAAUAUACUCCCGAUUGCAAAAGCUCGCGGCGAUGAGUCGUUUGAAAGACGCUGGUUCAAGCUAUCGCUUCUCCCCGCGCUACAAAUUUCAACUGUCAGCUCUCACUGCGCUUGCGCCUCUCGCUGUAGAGCUUAGUCUGCCAGAAACUGCUCUAGAAGAAGCUAUGGACUGUGCCCAGCCCUAUUUGUCUAACAAACAACCGAAACCACUUCAAGCACUAUCAGUACAGUUUUUCAAAGCUGUCCUGCAAUAUAACUAUGGCGCAGCGUGGCUUCACUUACGCCGAUUCUGCAACAACUCCGAAAACCUGGAGCCACCAAAAAAUGAAUUCAUACAAUUAGCUACCAUCACGGGCACCCCUUACUCAGCUGAUAGCAAGGAAUUUGAUAACAACAUAAAAACUAUUUUCGAUGUUCAAUAA